GCUGGAGGAAAAAGGUAGCAUUGAGCCAAUAAUCUUAUCAUGGUGUGUGACGGUGACACUCCUUUCUUGACUCUCACAAAGCCACCUUUGGAGUCAAAACCGGCCCUGAAUCGAUCCUAAUCAUUUAUUGCUGUCCGUGACUUUGUCACAAAGAUCUGAUGACCUGAAAUGGGAGGAGAGUCAAAAGGGCAGGGGCAGAGGAAGGGUAAAAAGCUGGCAAAGCAGCCCUGGCCUCUCAGGUGUGAGGAUUCCUCUCUGCACAGCCCACAGCAUGCUGGUGACACUGCUUCUCCCCUUCCUGUGCCUCCUGAGCCCGGCUGCUGCUGGGAAGCUGCUGGUGAUCCCCAUGGAGGGCAGCCACUGGCUCAGCAUGAAAAAAGUUCUGGUGGAGCUGAGCAAGAGAGGGCACGAAAUCGUGGUUGUCGCACCGGACAACAAAAUCCUGAUCGAUUCCGCAGAUGUCUAUGAACUGAAAACCUACCCUGUGCCAUUCACGAAAGAGGACAUGGAAGAACACAUACACUCUGCUAGUGCAAGAGCUUUCAGCCAAGAGCCUUUCUUGGUGAGAUUCUGGAAGCUUUUGGGAGAUUAUCGGAAGAGCGGGACUAUGUUUCAUGCUUCCUGCAAGUCCUUGCUGUACAACCAAGAGCUGAUGAAGUACAUCGGAGACAGUCACUUCGAUGCCCUGCUCACGGAUCCCGUGUCACCUUGUGGGCAGAUCAUUGCCCUGCACUUCUCCAUCCCCAGUGUUUUCUUUCUGCGAAUGGUCCCGUGUGCCUUAGAUGUUCACGCAGCUCAGGGCCCGGACCCGCCGUCCUAUGUCCCACGCAUGUUCUCGGGAAACACGGACCACAUGACCUUCUCCGAGAGGGUGAGGAACUUCCUGAUUGCUCUUUCUGAGUCCUUCAGCUGCAAUAUUGCCUAUUCUCAGUUUGAAGAGCUGGCCUCAGAGUUCCUCCAAAAACCAAUGACAGUGACAGAUCUUUUAAGUCAUGGAUCCAUCUGGCUGAAGAGAAUUGACUUUGUCUUUGAGUAUCCCAUGCCUGUCAUGCCCAACAUGGUUUUCAUUGGAGGCAUCCAUUGUUGAGAGAAGAAGAAGCCAUUAUCUCAGGUGAGUGGCUGGCUGGGAGAGGGUGUGAAUCAUCCAAAUGAGGUAUUUGAUAGGGAUGUAUCUUAUCUCUCUUGGAGGGAGACUUUAUACAAGAGCCUGAAGUAAUGGCACAAAGGAAAUGGCUUUGAGCUGACAGUGGAAAGGGUCAGGCAGGAUAUUGGGAAGAAAUCUUCCCUGUGAUAAUGACAAUGUCCUUACACAGGUUUCCCAGAGAAACUGUGGAUGCCCAACCCCUGGAAGUAUACAAGGCUGGGUUUGCUGGGGGUUGAAGUAAUCUGAGAUUGUGGGAGGUUUCCCUGCCCAUGGCACAGGGUGGAACAGGAUGAGCUUUAGGAUCCCAUCCAACACAAACCAUCCUGGGAUUCUAUGAAAACCAGCUUCGUCUUUCAAACAAUCAGUGGUAUUGUGUCCUGGAUUUAUUACAGUGAUUUCGAAUAUCUAGCCAUGGCUUUUUUAGAUGGGUUUUGGAAUCUCCUGCCAUGGAUUUAUUAAAGCAUUUUGGGACCUCUUGUUGUGGAUUUAUUUGAGGUG